GCCCGGCGCUCGCCUCCCGCGCUCCCCCCGGGCUCUUUGUUGGAGGGUGCCGGCAGGGGGCCGCGGCACCAUGUCCUCCCCCAAGAACGGCUUCUACCGCCAGGAGAUCACCAAAACCCUCUGGGAAGUGCGGGACCGCUACCGGGACCUGCAGCCCGUGGGCUCCGGCGCCUACGGAGCCGUCUGCUCGGCUAUCGAUGGAAGAAACGGUACCAAAGUGGCCAUUAAGAAACUGUACCGCCCGUUUCAGUCCGAACUCUUUGCCAAGCGAGCCUACCGAGAGCUGCGCCUCCUGAAACACAUGAAGCACGAAAACGUCAUUGGAAUACUGGAUGUGUUCACACCAGAUGUAACACUGGAGAAAUUUAAUGACUUCUACCUUGUAAUGCCAUUUAUGGGAACAGACUUAAGUAAGAUAAUGAAGCAUGAGAAACUAACUGAAGACCGAAUCCAGUUCCUUGUAUAUCAGAUGUUAAAAGGCUUAAAGUAUAUUCACUCGUCAGGCAUAAUUCACAGGGAUCUAAAGCCCGGAAACCUGGCAGUAAAUGAAGACUGUGAAUUGAAGAUUCUGGAUUUUGGAUUGGCCAGGCAUACAGACAGUGAGAUGACAGGUUACGUGGUCACAAGGUGGUACAGAGCCCCAGAGGUCAUACUUAACUGGAUGCAUUACACGCAAACAGUUGACAUCUGGUCUGUGGGCUGUAUAAUGGCUGAAAUGAUAACAGGGAGGCCUCUGUUCAAGGGAAACGAUCAUCUGGACCAACUCACAGAAAUAAUGAAAAUAAUGGGUACACCAACUCAAGAUUUUGUGCAAAAACUGCAAAGUCAAGAUGCAAAAAACUAUAUCAAAAGCCUCCCAAAAGUCCAGAAAAAAGAUUUUGCAUCCGUCUUGAAGUAUGCGAAUCCUUUGGCUGUAAGCCUUUUGGAGAAGAUGCUGGUGCUGGAUGCAGAGAAGCGAGUCACAGCAGCUGAGGCUUUGAUGCAUCCUUACUUCGAACCAGUUCACGAUCCUGAAGAAGAAACUGAAGCUGAGAAAUACGAUGACACGUUUGAUAACAUGGAUCUACCCCUGGAUGAGUGGAAGCGUAUUACAUACAAAGAGAUACUGAACUUCAAACCACCGCAAACAUCAGAGUCAAAGGAGACAGCAGUGUAAUUGUAUGACCUGGUCUUUUCAGAACUCAGAAGAAAGCAGGAAAGUUGUAAAUGUUUGUGAUAUUUCAGGUGUAUAAAACUUUUAUAAAUAAACUGGAUGUAAUCUGUUUCAUCUCCACUGU